AAUCUUCCUUGGGCGUUUAUAUAUGCACUGAGGAGGUAGUGAUGAGAGACAGCACCAAAUUUCCAACAACCCAUUAGACAAGCUGGUUCCCAGAAAUAAAAUCAAAUCAUGGGGUGGACUUCAGAACAUCCUUCACUCUUUCUCCUACUCCUGUCUCUGUCUCUCCCCCUCUUCCUCUUCCUCCUCCGCCGCCGCAACAGCAAAACCUCAUCCUCAAACCAUCGUCUUCCGCCGGGACCACCGGGCUGGCCAGUCUUCGGAAACAUGUUCCAGCUCGGAGACAUGCCUCACCGCACCCUCACCAAUCUAAGGGACAAGUUCGGCCCCGUGGUGUGGCUCAAAAUCGGCGCCAUGAACACCAUGGCGAUUCUCUCCGCCGAAGCCGCCACCGUGUUCUUCAAGCACCACGACCACGCCUUCGCGGACCGAACCAUAACCGAAAUCAUGCGUGUCCACAACUACGACAAGUCAUCCCUGGCCCUCGCCCCUUAUGGCCCUUACUGGCGCCUCAUGCGGCGCCUCGUGACCGUGGACAUGCUCGUUUCAAAACGCAUAAACGACACCGCAUCCAUCCGUCGGAAAUGCGUAAACGACAUGAUCAACUGGGUGGCGAAAGAAGCGAGCAAGUCAGAACAUGGUCGUGGGGUCCACGUGUCGCGUUUUGUUUUCCUGAUGACGUUUAACUUGUUCGGGAACCUGAUGCUGUCACGGGACUUGUUUGACCCGGAAUCCGAAGACGGGUCGGAGUUUUUCAGCGCGAUGAUGGGGCUGAUGGAGUGGACGGGGCACGCUAACGUGACCGACCUGUUUCCCUGGCUGAGUUGGCUGGAUCCGCAGGGACUGAGGAGGAAGAUGGACAGGGACAUGGGGAAGGCGCUGGGAAUCGCGUCCAGGUUCGUGAAACAGCGUUUGGAACAGCAGCUGCACCGUGGCACCAACAAGUCAAGGGACUUCUUGGAUGUCUUGAUUGACUUUCAAAGCACCAACAGUCAAGAAGCACUCAACGUUUCAGAUAAAGAUCUCAACAUUUUCAUAUUGGAAAUGUUCUUGGCUGGGUCAGAAACAACGAGCAGCACAAUAGAGUGGGCCAUGACGGAGCUUCUGUGCAACCGGGAGUGUCUGUUGAAGGUGAAAAGGGAGCUGAGUUGGGUGGUUGGGUGCGGAAGAGAAGUUGAAGAGAGCGACAUAGACAAGCUUCCGUACCUGCAAGGUGUGGUUAAGGAAACACUUCGCUUACAUCCUCCGAUUCCGUUGCUUGUCCCUCGCAAGGCCACGGAGGACACAGAGUUCAUGGGAUAUUACAUACCCAAAGACACGCAGGUUUUCGUGAACGCGUGGGCGAUUGGGAGAGACCCCAGCGCCUGGGAUGAACCAUUGGUCUUCAAGCCCGAGCGAUUUUCUGAGAAUAAUAAUAUUGAUUACAAGGGGCACCACUUCGAGUUUAUUCCGUUCGGGGCUGGAAGAAGAAUGUGUGCGGGUGUGCCUUUGGCGCAUAGAGUGCUUCACUUGGUGCUGGGAUCAUUGCUUCACCGUUUCGAUUGGGAACUUGACUGCCACGUCACGCCCUCCACCAUGGACAUGAGGGACAAGCUCGGCAUAACCAUGCGAAAGUUUCAGCCCUUGCUCGCCGUCCCAAAAUUAAUUGUCUCUUCCUCCUGAAUUUUUUUUUUCAAUUCAAACCUAUGGAUCAAUUUGUUUUUUUACAACCCAAAUUGUCACCACUUUUGUUGAAAUAAAAUAAAUAUUUCCUCCGUGGCAGGGAGUCUUGGGAA